ACGAAUUCGCUUCAUGCGCUUCGUGUAUACAAAAACAAACCCGGGCCUGCAGUUUCGAUGGCGGUGUUGCUGCCCGGCACGAAGUGUUGUGAAGAAUGUAAUAAAAUAAAACAUCAUGGCUUCUAUAACGAUUGAACUAGAUACACCGUUUAUCACGCCAGAUUGUUCCACCAAAAUAUUACGCACGAUAUUUGAACUGUUGCUGUACAAUCGCAGACAAAUUCCGUUUCCAUACGCUACCUUUCGUAUGAUGGUAAAGAAACAAGAUACGGCGGACGGCGCUAAUACCAGCUCUGUGGCGGAUGUGCACGCUCAAAAGCAACGCGAAAAGGCUCAGCAUGUGGUCAAAUGUGCUGAGCACAUACUUGAAACACUAGAAAGGAUAUUGGCGGAUCAUUCUGCUGGCGAGCUAAUGGUCCUGUUUGGCAAGACAAUCUACACAGCUAAGGAAGCUUUCGUCAUAAAGAUGCCGACCGUUGACGCGAAUCAUUUUGGUGCGAACCACCGGCGGAAAUUGGAGAGUAUUCUUCGAAACACUGGCUUACAACUAACGCAAUGCGAUGAAUUUGUAACGGAACAGAUUGUGCUGGGCGACACGAACGUGUUCGUUAUGGUACAAUUGCCGAUAUCAUCCGAGCCUGUUGGCAAGUUGUAUGGUAUGAACAUGCUGGACGAAUAUCAGCUACCGAGAAAGUGUGCAUCGUAUGCAAUCGAUUUCAAACUCGCAACCGCCAGUGAGGAAGAAUUAUCUAACAGCUGCUGUAAACAGGUGACAAUUUAUAGCGAACAUACGGAACUAUCCUCCGAUGCUAGUGCGAUAGACGAUACGCAAAAAAAGGAAGCGGAAGCUGAGUCCGCAUGGAACAAUCGCUGGUUUCUGCUUGAUACUGUCGUGAACGGUUUCUCGUUAAAGUCGGCUAAGAAUAAUCAAUUGUGGAAAUGAUUAUUGCUACCAAUCGGAUGCGGAGGAAGAAAGGUUUAAAUCAAUAGACAAUAAAGCUUUAAGGAAUAGUUUCAUGUUCAA